AUGACGUCUCCCAAGAGCAAGACGUCCCCGAAAGCCAUCAAGUUCCUCUUCGGAGGCUUGGCCGGGAUGGGCGCCACCGUGUUUGUGCAGCCCCUGGACCUGGUGAAAAACCGCAUGCAGCUGAGCGGUCAGGGCACCAAAGCCCGCGAGUACAAGACCAGUUUUCACGCACUGGCCUCUAUCUUGAAGAACGAGGGCAUCAGCGGGAUCUACACCGGCCUGUCUGCAGGUCUGCUGCGUCAGGCUACCUACACCACUACGCGUCUAGGCAUCUACACCAUUUUGUUCGAGAAGAUGACGUCAGCCGACGGACGCCCGCCAAACUUCUUCCUCAAGGCGCUGAUCGGGAUGACGGCUGGCGCAACGGGAGCGUUUGUUGGCACGCCGGCCGAGGUGGCGCUCAUCAGGAUGACGGCGGAUGGCCGACUUCCGGUGGAUCAGCGACGAGGCUACACCAACGUUUUUAACGCUCUGGCUCGGAUCAUGCGCGAGGAGGGCGUCACCACUCUCUGGAGGGGCUGCAUUCCCACCAUGGCAAGGGCUGUGGUGGUCAACGCCGCCCAGUUAGCAUCUUACUCGCAGUCCAAGCAGGCACUGCUAGACUCUGGCUACUUCGGCGACGACAUCCUGUGUCAUUUCUGCGCCAGUAUGAUCAGCGGCCUGGUCACCACGGCGGCGUCCAUGCCGGUUGACAUCGUCAAGACCAGGAUUCAAAACAUGAGGAUGAUUGACGGCAAACCCGAGUACAAGAACGGUCUGGAGGUGCUGGUGCGCGUGGUGGGAAAAGAGGGCUUCUUCUCGCUGUGGAAAGGCUUCACGCCGUACUACGCUCGCCUCGGACCGCACACCGUGCUCACCUUCAUCUUCCUGGAGCAGAUGAACCGCCUGUACAAGACCUACGUGCUCGACCGCUAA